AUGACCAGAGGAUUCGCAACCAUCGUGCCCGAGUGCGAGGCCACCUUCGCCUCUGUCGCCGAGACAGACACCCUCAAUUACGUCAUCUACGAAGCCUCCGCACGCGACAAGCAGAUCACCGUCGCCGAGUCUGGCAAAUACACAGACUACGAUGAAUUCGUCGCUCACUUCAAGAUUGACACCCCCCGCUACGCUGUUGUGAAGCUCCAGUAUGACUUCCCGGGUGAUGACAAACCCAGACACAAAUUAGCUUUUGUCACAUGGGUUCCUGAGGGAACGACCAUUCAUGAUCGCGCUUACUAUACUACCAAUAAGGAUCACCUUUACAGGGCUCUUUCGGAUAUUAGUCUCCAUGUCCAGGCUGCCACACAGGCGGACUUGGCUCAUGCUAAGAUUCUGGGCCAGUUCAAGGCACUUUAA